UCUCUUUUUCGAUUUAUUGCGUAAUAAAUAUUGGGACAUUUGCUACGUGACUGUGGCAGCCUUCCCACUCCCUUUCCCUUUCUCCUUUUUCAAGUUUCAGUAUCGAAACAUGUAGUUGUUUAUAUGGUUUGUGAAUUAUUUCAAGGAUUUCGUACUAUUGACAUUCUCCUGUCUAGCAGCUUAUCUUUGAAGGGGGUUAUAUAUAGAUUUCCUGGAAGUCUGUCUCUACUAGAAAAAUAUUCACUCAUCUUUAAAGAGAUAUGUCUUAAGUGUUUGUAAAGUACUUAAAAAUGAAGAUGUUAACUAAGCUAGGAAUUGAAGGAAUGACUUGUCAUUCUUGUGUCAAUUCCAUUGAAGAAAAGAUAGGAGAAGUUAAUGGAGUUAUCAAAAUCAAAGUAUCUUUGGAACAGAAAUGUGCAGAAAUUGAAUAUGACAGUGAUCUCAUAUCAAACAAAGAGCUUGUUGAAAAAAUUGAAGACAUGGGUUUUGAUGUUACUCUUAAUCAACCAAACUUGAUCAGAACAUCAGUUUCUGUAAAAGGCAUGACAUGUAACACGUGUGUUCGUAAGAUUGAGUCCAACCUUCUCAGUUACGAUGCUGUACAAAGUAUAAAGGUUUCCCUUGAAGAUCGACGUGCGAAAGUUGUGAUGGAUUCAAAUAAAAUGUCACUUACAGAAUUAUGCAGUACUAUUUCCCACUUAGGCUUUGUUGUUGAGCAAAUUAAACCUCAAUCUAGAUCAGAAUCUUCUGCCAAAAUUAGUGUUAAAGGAAUGACUUGUAAUUCCUGUGUAAAAAGUAUUGAAGAUUUCGUAAGUCAAAAACCUGGUGUUCAUAGAAUUUCUGUGUCUUUGCAAAAUGAACUUGCAUCAAUUUUGUAUGAUUCUUCAGUGAUUAUGUCAAAUGAGCUUCGUGAUAUUAUCGAUGACAUGGGCUUUGAAGCCAGUAUAGUAGAGGUGAUAGAGUCUAAUAACGAGCCAAGACUUUUAACGCUUAGUAUUGAAACACUGAGUUCCACAAAUUGGUCAGCAGAAGAUGAGGAUCAACUUUUCAAUAUGAAUGGCGUGAUAUCUGUUAGUUCAACGUCUGAUCCUGUUGUUUUGUCUGUUGUCUACAUUCCAAAUGUAAUAUCUGUUAAUGACAUUAUGAAUAAUAUUCAAUCAAUAGGAUUUAUAUGCAAAGAAAUUAUCGAAAAAAAUGUUGAUAAAACUGAUUCUGUGUCAGAUACAGCUUCACAAAUUAUUAUGAAUGGUAUUGAUGAAACAAAACAAAAAUCUCCUAAAAAAAUUCAGAUCUUCUCAGAUGAUGAUGAAGAUUUAGAGAAAUGCUUCAUAAGGGUAGGUGGUAUGACCUGUGCUUCUUGUGUUGCUGCUAUUGAAAGAAAUAUCUCAAAAAUUGAUGGGGUUCAUCGAGUAUUGGUUGCGUUAAUGGCCCAGAAAGCUGAGAUUAAAUAUGAUCCUGCCUACAUUCUGCCCUCCCAGUUGGCUGCUGCAAUUUCGGAUCUGGGCUACCCCAGUACAGUCUUGGAUGAUGUAUCAACUGAACAUGGAGAAGUGCAUUUGCAUAUUGGUAAGAUGACUUGUUCUUCAUGCGUUCACAAAAUAGAGACUACAGUUUUAAAAUGCCCUGGAGUAUUAUCGGCAUCUGUAGCAUUAGCAACUCAACAAGGCUAUUUCAAGUUUGAUGCUGAAGUUACAGGACCUAGGAACAUUAUAGAUACUAUAAAGGCUCUUGGUUUUGAUGCAUAUCCCUUGACAGACCAUACUAGAGAUUCUAGUUACUUUAUGCAGAAAGAAGAGAUAAGAAAGUGGCGUAAUUCUUUCUACCUAUCAUUAGCAUUUGGUCUUCCAUCAAUGGUUGUUAUGAUGUAUUAUAUGGGAUUAAUGAUGGCUGGUAAACCAAUGCACCAUGUCAUUCCUGGCCUUUCAUCUGAAAAUUUGUACCUGUUUCUAUUAGCUACACCAGUUCAGUUUUAUGGUGGGAGAUAUUUUUAUGUACAAGCCUACAAAGCGUUGAAGCAUCGUACUGCAAACAUGGAUGUUUUGAUCAUGUUAGCUACUACUGUUGCAUACUUCUACAGUGUUGCUGCUCUGUUGUAUUUCAUUAUUGUCCAAGCUGAUCAUAGCCCUAAAACGUUCUUUGAAACUCCUCCUAUGCUUCUGAUUUUUAUAUCUUUAGGAAGAUGGUUAGAGCAUAUUGCAAAGGGUAAAACUUCAGAGGCCUUGGCUAAACUCUUGUCUUUACAAGCAACAGAGGCUACACUAGUUGAAAUUGAUGAUGAUGGACAAAUAUUAAACGAAAAACAAAUUGAUGUUGAGCUUGUUCAAAGAGGAGAUGUUUUAAAAGUGGUACCAGGGGCUAAAAUACCUGUUGAUGGUAGAGUUGCUUUUGGGAAUUCCAUGGCAGAUGAGUCAUUAAUUACUGGAGAAUCUCUUCCUGUUCCAAAAAAGCCAAAUUCUCAAGUGAUUGGUGGCUCUGUCAAUCAGAAUGGUGUGCUUUUGAUUGUGGCAACUCACAUAGGGAAAGAUACUACAUUAGCACAGAUUGUGAAACUUGUUGAAGAAGCUCAAACAUCAAAGGCUCCUAUUCAACAGUUAGCUGAUAAAAUUGCUGGUUACUUUGUUCCUGUAGUAGUUGCUGUCUCUGUUAUCACAUUAAUUGGUUGGGUUGUUGCUGGCUAUGUAUUAGUUGAUGUAGUUAAAAUGUAUCACAUGAAACAUAAAGAAGAUGCCUCAGAUUCAGAAAUCAUCUUCCAGUUUGCCUUCCAAUGUGCACUUACUGUUUUAGCUAUUGCAUGUCCUUGUUCAUUAGGUCUAGCCACACCAACAGCUGUUAUGGUCGGAACUGGAGUGGGUGCAAUUAAUGGUAUUUUGAUUAAAGGUGCCGAGGCUCUGGAGUUAGCCCAUAAAGUAAAAUGUGUGCUUUUUGAUAAAACUGGAACUAUAACUAAAGGUAUUCCGGUUAUGACUCGGGUGUGUAUUUUUGUGGAACAGAAUGUUAUGUCAUUAGGCAAGAUUCUAGCCAUUGCUGGUACUGCUGAAGCAAACAGUGAGCACCCCAUUGCAGCUGCUAUUACUAAAUUUGUGAAAGAAACUUUGCAAACAGAAACAUUUGGCAAUUGUAAAGAUUUUGCUGCAGUACCUGGUUGUGGUCUUCGCUGCAAAGUGACAAACAUACAGCACAUGUUAAAAGAAGAAUCCUCUGUUGAGCAGCUAAUAAAUGCUAAGAGGCACAGCAGAAUAAGUCUCAAUUCUCAAAAAGAUGCAGCCGAAAACGUUCUCAUUGACAGAAAGAUUUAUGGCUCACCCAAACACAAUGCUUCUAAUCUUGCAGCUGAGUUAAUUCAAAAUUUAGAAAAUUCCAGUGACCCAGCCGAAGGUGAUGCAGCUAAGUCAUACACAGUUUUAAUUGGAAACAGAGAAUGGAUGUUGCGAAAUGGAAUCCAAGUGUCAGAUGAUAUUGACACCCUCAUGAAAGACCAUGAAGAAAUGGGACACACUGCAGUUCUAUGUGCUAUUGAUGAUCUGCUUAUCUGUAUGAUGGCAGUUGCGGAUACCAUAAAACCAGAGGCACACCUGGCUGUUUACACUCUCAAGAAAAUGGGAUUGGAUGUGAUUCUUCUGACUGGUGACAACAAAAAGACUGCAGCUGCAAUCGCUAGACAGGUUGGAAUCUCUAGAGUGUUUGCCGAAGUGUUACCAUCACACAAAGUUAUGAAAAUCCAGCAACUCCAAGAACAGGGAAUAAAAGUCGCAAUGGUUGGUGAUGGUGUAAAUGAUUCUCCUGCCCUAGCUAAAGCUGAUGUUGGGAUUGCUAUUGCUAAUGGUACAGAUGUUGCUGUAGAAGCUGCUGAUGUUGUUCUUAUUAGGAAUGACCUUUUGGAUGUUGUUGGUGCAAUUGAUCUUUCCAAUUGCACAGUAAGAAGAAUAAGAUAUAAUUUUAUUUUUGCCAGCAUGUAUAACCUAAUUGGAAUUCCUUUAGCUGCAGGUAUAUUUCGACCUUGGGGACUUAUACUUAAACCUUGGAUGGGGUCUGCUGCCAUGGCUUUAUCAUCUGUAUCUGUUGUAUGCUCAUCUUUAUUGCUAAAACUGUAUAAGAAACCAACUAAGGAAAAGCUCAUGACUCCAGCUUAUCUAGAAGUGCUCCGAAAAACUAGACUGCACUGCUUGGAAUAUGGCGAUGAUAUAUCUAUCCACAGGGGCUUAGACGAUAUUCCAAUGCCGGAUCCAAAGGGGUCUACUAAAAGUAAUAAUCUUAGUUUUAUUCUCAGUAUGGUUCCAAGGAAUAAAACUAAAGAAAAUUCUCUUCUGGAUGCAGAGAGCCAAGAAAUGGAGACAUUUAUUGGAACAGAACGUAUUUAAGUUUCAGAUACUUAACUCACUUAAUAUUGGAUUAUAAAUGCACAGAAUCUGAAAGAGCAAAUGGAACAAAAGCUACUUUCAGUAGAAUUCAUUUUUAUCCACAGAUCUGACUUCCAAAAGAUUUUUAAUUCUUUACUUUUUUAGUACUGAAUAUUCAUAUGCAUUAUAUGAGCUUUCUAGAAUUAUUUACUUACAAUUUAGUUUUGUAAAAAAUCAUAGAGUUCAUGACAUUUUUUGAGAUUUUAAUACACGAAGUUGCUAUUAAAAAAAAAUUAUUUUUGAAGUGCACUGCUUGAAAAAUAAAUGGCAAAGUGCUAUUAAUUUAGGUACCCAUAGAUUUUACUGUACUUAUAUUAUUUAUGACACAGCAUAAAAAUAUUAUAAAUUAAAAAGUAGGCAACAAAAAAGUGUGAAUUUAAAUUAUGGCAACCUUCAACUAGUACUCCCAUUCACAGAAACACUAUUAACUUCAUUUCUUUAUUAAUUUGUAAUUAAAUUUUGUAAAUAUGUUUAAUUAUUUAUAAAUGAUUAAUACUUUUUAAAUUUAAUUUUAUUUAAUAAUUCUAUUUAUUUACAAAUAAAUAGCUUAGCACUUGUGUCAACAAUAAAUUUUAACACUUAUUUAAAAGGCAAUAAUAAAAAAAAAAUUAUGAAAAUAUGUAUUUUCAUUAUGCUACUCUAAGAGAAUUUAACAGAUAUGUAUAAUUCAUCAGCUAUUUGAAUCUGAACCCUGAAAUAGCCAUUUGUUACUAAAUUUUUAAAAAAAUAAAAAUUUAAAAAAAAAAUUUCUUUUUUUUUUAGUAUCUACCCAAUUGAUAAACAAAGUAUAAAUCUGGUUGUAAAAAAGAAAAAUUAUGAGUACCAGAAAAAAUCUUAAUGCUUAGGUUUUAGCCUUAUUACAAUUGCAAUCUUGAAUUAUUUGGAAAAAGAUAUAGUGCAACACCAGAGUACAUUAUAAAAUGUAGCAUGUUUUUAAACAUGUGUAGCUAAUUGUUACAUAAUCUUUACUAAGUAAAUAGUUGACACGAGGGUCAAAAUAGAAAGGCCCCUACAAUGUCCCUAUAAAAAGAACACUACAAACUAUCGCUCACCAAAUUUGAUAAUUUUUGCAUUAACUAAGCAUAACCAUAUGACAUAUGUAAAAAUGUUUAUGUUUGACAUUCACUAAAAUUUAAAAAAUUUUAAUUAGGCAAUAAUUUGCAUGGCUGAAAGAAGAUAAUUUUUGUUCGUUUGUAUAAUUUUUUUAAAUCCCAGCAACAAGUAACAUUAAUAUAGUUAAGGUAUGAAAAAAAAAUCAUUGCAACUCAUUUAAAUUUAUUUAUUUAGUAUACUUAUUUUAUAAAAUAUUACUGUGAUUUGAAUAAAAUCUUUUAUGAUGCUAUUAAUAUGAUUACAAAUUUGAAUUUUGGAGCCCUUAUUACUUUAUGAUAGAUGGCUAUUACAAUAUCCAAUAUAAUUACAUUUUAAAUUAAUGUAAUAAGUACAGAAAAAUUAAUCAUAAUUAGUGUAAGUUUUUAUAAACUGCUAAUGAAAGUUGGUGAUGAUUACUUUAAUUAAUGCUCAAUAUGGAUUAAAAUGUUUUUAGUUAAUACUUUAUGUAUACUAAAAAUCGUUAUAUUUCAUGAGUGAAAAUGCUUGAGGUUCUUUUAAUUUUAGCGUGUGUGUAGAAAUGAACACUCUAAAACACAUCAUUUUAAUAAAAAAUCUAUUGUUGAAAUCCAUUUGUGAUGGAAAUGUUAAUGUUUAUUCUUGUUAACUGACCAACAACAAAUUUUGAUUUUAUUCUUUAUGCAAAUAAAUCAAAAGAUUUUCAUAAUAUUAUUAAUAUUAUGCCUACAAUAAUAAUAUUUUCAUAAUAUUAUGCCUACCCUGAUUGUUUCCUAAAAGUGGUAAUAAAUAACAAGGAAUUUUUUUUAACAAAAAUGUCCCCAACCCUUAAUAUAAUAUAAAUUUAAGUACUUUUUUGGUCAAAAACAUUUUGUCGAAAGACAGAUUUGAAAACUCAAUUCAUUACAUUAUUUUAUAUAUUUUUUACCAGCUAGAAAACCAAAAUGUUUUUAUCAUAUUGUUGAUGUACUUUAUUUAUAGAUUUAGUAUUAUACUUUUUUUAUGAUUUUUUUUUAUCUAAAUAUAAAUGCAUUUAAUAAAUGCUAUAUUUUAUUGAAUUUAAUUUAAUAUUAUUAAAAACAUAAUUUUAUAUUUGUGAUACAAUUAUUUUGAAAACAUAAAGCCUUUUUUUAAAAAAAUUAAGUUUUAUAUUAAAUCUAAAUGUUCCAAGAGUUUAUAUAAUUAAAUUUCUAUUGUAAAAGAGUAUAUUUCCUAAAUAAGCUUAUGAAUAUUUAAAAAUAUUUUAUUCAAUCUAAUUAUUAUGUUUUAAAAAUAUACAUCCUCCCACUACUUUGGAACUAAUGUAGUUCCAGUCCCUGAAAAUAUUUUUUUCUAGUGGGUAGCAAGUGUAAUUAGAUUUUAAUAAAUUAGAAUAAAUAAAAUUUUGUCCACCACUACAUUAAACUGAUAUAUUAAAGGUUCAAUAGAGAAAAUGUCAUGUUCUAAAGAUUAAGAGAAUUCUGUUUUAAAAAUUUAAACCUCAGUUCAUUAACCACUGAUAAUUAUAUUUCGCACAAAACUCAUAUGUUGGAAGAUAUGUUAGUACAUGGAGUUGAGAUUUUUAGUAUUAUUCAAAAUACUAUGGUUUAAAUUUGAAGAGAUUUCAGAAAAUUCAUUUAUUUUCAUUAUUAACAUUAAUUUUUAAUUAUCAUACUUUUUGCUUUUCGUUAAAUUAUCAAUUCAUAUUAAUAAUAAAUUACUAUAAUUGUAUUGAAUAAAAAUGAGAUUAUUAUAGUUGGAAAUAAAUGUUGAGAGUUUUCAUAAACUAAUUUUUGCUAUUGGUAAAUAAAACUUGUUUUAAAAUGCUUUACCAAAACCAUGAAAAAUGCAAAUUUUCAUGCACCCUUUUUUGAUUUUUUUAUGUGUGUAUUUUCCACAUUUAAGUCAUUAUCUUCCUUCUAAUUAAGUUUUGCACAAUUUCAAUUUGUAUGGCAUUUAAGAUAUUUUACUAAAUAAAUAUUGUACUGUUUCAGGUUUUGAAGUAUGAAAUAAAGACUGCUUCUAUACUAGUUUUUUGUUUGCAGAGUUUCUGAUCAGAAUUUUUCCUUGGCUUCUAUAUUUUAAAUACAUAAAGCUGUAUAA